AUGGCUUUACCAAAAAUAUUGGGUCUUUCUAUUCGUAAUAGUUGGGGAAAUAAAUACCAAAAAAUAGUUGAAAGAAGAGAUAACUAUUUGUCAUUAAUAGGUGAUGAUUCACAAUACACUUUAUCAAAUACCGAGAAGACUCAAGUAGGAUAUUUAUUCCAAGGAAAAGAUGAAAGUAUUAGUUCUAAAUUUAGUUUAACAAAUGAAUUUAUUGAAUUAUUUGUUCCACUUCAAAUUCAAAGAAGAGUUGGUGAAAUGGGAAUUGUACUUUCAGAAGAGUCUGUUCGUAACAAUGAUUUAAAAACAGGUAAAAAUGGAUUAGAAAUUAGUUUAAAAAUGAAUAAUAAAGGAAAAGAUCAAGUGCUUUUAACUAUUUUUAAUAAUAAAGAUGAUAGAUAUAAUCAAGUUCAUACUUUAACUUGUAAAAGUUUAAAAACUGCACCAAGAAAUACUGGGAUUUAUAUUGUUUAUAAUGGUGAGUUAAAUACAAUUUCUACUGAUCUUUAUCUUGACGGUGAUCAAGUUAAAUGUUCUAGUGAAAAUUUUAUUAAAAUUCCUAAGAAAGUUUUUAUUUCAUUAAUUGGAAAUGGAUUUAAUGGUUUGGUAAAAGAAAUUAAUAUCGUUAAUAAACUUACUAAACAACCUAAACAACAACUAAUAACAAAAAAAUAUACCAUCGAAGAAAUUAAAGGAAAAUCUCACAACGAAAUUUUAUAUGAAAUUUAUGAUGGUAUCAAAGGAUUAUAUAUCCCUUUAUUAGAUGCUUCAAAACAAUCAGUUGAUUAUGCUCAAACCGUUAAUAAUUUAAAACAUUAUGUCAGAGAUACAUUAAUUCCUAAAUGUGGUAAUGUAGAAGAACCUAUUAAUAUACAAGAAGUCCUUGAUAAGGUUAAUAAAAUUAAUAUUACUAAAACACAAGACUCUAUUAAAGAAUUAACCAAAUUAGAUGCCUUCAAUGAACUUAACUUUGUUACAAGAAAUCCUACUUCAUUUUUAUUCUGGUUUAUCACAUUAGGAGUUCAAGGAUUCACUGUAUUUCUUCUUUAUUUCAUCAUAAAAAAGAAGAAGAAAAUACAAGUUAAUAUGGAAUAA